GAAAGAUUGACAGGAGUGUUUGACUUAAUCGCGACAAUGAACUUUUUCAAGUGCAGUCCCAUACUGAAACCCUUUCUCAUGCAGGGCACACAGCUGCGAUGUGCUAAGUGGUAUCCAGACGCCGAGUUUUUCGAACAGUUCAAGGGUCCGGUAAUGUAUCCCAACGAAAUUACCAAACGAUUCAAAAUGCAGCCGUACAAUGCCACGAGUUUGCCCAAGGAACUUAGGUUUGUGAAUAUGGUGAUCAACUUUGGACCUGCACAUCCGGCUGCUCAUGGGUGUCUUAGAUUGAUUGCUGAACUUGACGGAGAGAUUGUUAAACGUUUAGAUCCUCAUAUAGGCUUAUUGCACCGAGGUACCGAAAAACUAAUUGAACACAAAACUUAUAUGCAAGCUAUGCCAUACUUUGAUAGACUGGACUACCUCUCCUGUAUGGCGAAUGAGCAUGCAUACUGUCUAGCCGUGGAAAAUCUGCUGGGGAUAGAAGUACCGCGUAGAGCAAAAUACAUAAGAGUACUGUUUUCUGAGAUAACUCGAUUGAUGAACCACUUGGCCGCAACAUCUUUUUUGACGUUAGAUGUAGGAGCAAUUACGCCUCUCUUUUGGUUUUUCGAGGAACGAGAAAAGCUGUAUGAGAUAUGCGAGCGAGCUUGUGGAGGCAGAAUGCACGCUGCUUAUUUUAGAGUCGGUGGUGUUAGUCAGGAUAUUCCCGUGGGAUUAUUGCAUGACAUUUACGAGAUUGUGAAGAAACUACCAGAGAGAAUAGAUGAAAUGGAAGACGUCGUUACCAAAAACAGAAUUUUUAUAGCUAGGUGUAAAGGGCUUGGUAUUACUACUGCACACGAAGCUUUAAACAGAGGAUUCACAGGUGUGAUGUUGAGAUGUACCGGUGUUAAAUGGGAUUUGAGAAAAACGCAGCCCUAUGAGAUAUACGAUGAGCUAGAGUUUGAUGUUCCUGUUGGGAAAAAUGGAGAUAUUUAUGACAGAUAUUUGAUACGAUGUGAAGAAAUGAGGCAGUCAUGCAGGAUGGUCAUACAGUGCAUAAACAAGAUGCCAAUGGGUGAAGUGAAGACAGACGAUCACAAAGUUACACCACCUACUAGAGCUGAGAUGAAAGCAUCAAUGGAAAGUGUGAUUCAUCACUUUAAACUAUUUUCCCAAGGAUUCCAAGUGCCUCCUGGGACCACCUAUGCCUCUAUAGAACAUCCUAAAGGUGAAUUUGGCGUUUACUUGAUAUCCGAUGGCAGUUCGAUGCCAUAUCGGUGUAGGAUUCGACCUCCCGGGUUCAUUCAUCUCGCAGGCAUGGACUAUUUAUGCAAAAAUCAGUUUUUGGCUGAUGCUGUUGCAGUUCUGGCUUCUCUAGAUGUGGUAUUUGGUGAUAUCGAUAGAUAACUUCAGCUUACCUUUUGUUAAUAAUAAUCAAAGCUAAUAAAAUAUUAU